AAAAGCAGAAACGAGCAUAGGUGUACGUCUGUCGAAUCUGUCGUAAAUGGAAAAGAGAAAUACAUUUGAAAUGAGCAUGUUGCAUAUUAGCUGGAAAAUAAUAUUUUGACGUUGACAAGAUUUAACAUCCAUUGUGGCAGCAGAACCAGUUGAGAGCGUCGACAAUACCGGGGGAUUCCUGCUUGAACAUUGAACAAGAGAUGAUGGGAGUGUUAAGAGCAUAAUUGAGUAAAGUAAUGAUGACUAUCGAAACAGCUUUAGUGGAUGAAACUGGACUUUUGAUUGAUCAGUGAAAUUUUUAUCAAAGCUGUACGGGUUGUUACAUGCUGUGUUCAACUUUUGUGAAAACAAAGUUAAUAUUGUGUCAAUUGCUUAUCGGUUGACUUUCGGUAUGAAAAAUAUUGAGAAAGAAUUAAGAAGGAAUAUUUAAUUAUUGUAACUACUACCGUUUCCAGAUUUUUCGAAUGCCCCUUGAAGGAUAUUCAAUUUGUUCUCCUGAGGAGAAUAAUUCAUUAUUUUACCCAUAGGUGGCUCCGCGAUAAUGAGAUAAGUUUCCGCCAGAAUAAUUGACCCAAGCACCUUGUCUAUGGAUAGCUGUAUUAUUUACAUUUAGAUCUAAGCGAGACCUAAAAGUAUGUACGAAUCAGACUCACUGACCGCGGUAAUCACUCGCUACACGUUAAAUCUGCCCACUUUGAUCACUGAUACAUUGUGCUUCUAUGAGAAAUUCUUAUCAAUAAUAACAGGGCGCCUCUUUGCAAAGAUGUCUUCUAACGAAAGCACGAGCAAAGGGGAAUACGAAUCCAAUGAAACUGCAUCCAUUGCGACAGCGGAGUCAGUCGUGAACACCGGUAACAGCGAAGACUUUCCAAUAAACGUCAGGGAAGAGUUCGCUAAAAUUUUUAAAUCAUGUUAUCACAUUAGGAUCGCUGCGAAAACAAAUAAGCGUAAUAAACAGCACGGUAAAGUGAUCAAAGACAUUUUAUCGAGGAUGUACAUAUUGUACAAUGGCAUAAUCGAAAGAAUCGCGAAAGAUGCAAAAACAGAUGAGAUUGCGACUCUUGCGCAAGCUUAUCUAUAUCUGUUUGAUAUACGUAUUGCUGAAACGGAUAAUAAGGAAAUAACGUUUGCCGAAGAUGCUAUUACGAAAUGUAUAGAGUUGUUGAAAGGAAGAGAGCCCGAUCAAAAAUUUAUUUUAAUAGCACUAAGCGUAUUCGUCCUUGGGCACUUUGUAUCAUAAGCAAAACAAUGAGGAAUUAUCUCUAUUAGCUUUCAAUGAAGCGUUCCAAUUCUACUUGGCCUACACUGACGAAGGAGAAACGUAUCCUGCACCUUUCUACAUCGCGCCGCAUUUUGGCCUCAAAUGUUUAGACCCGAUAGAUUUACUGGAAAAAAGAGGUGCAUUAGUUAUGGAUGCUUUGUUGAAGGGGCAUGCAAAUUUAGGUACGCAUGUAGCAACGAAUCGGGUGUACACUGAUAAAAUUGCAAGGUGUCAGCAUAAGUUAUUGAGUAAAAGAUUUGAUAGUCUAUCGCCAACUGCAGAUUGUGCAACGUGGACUCUGAUGGUAGAGUCUUUAUCCGAAUACUUCAUAAUGCACAAUCGUUUUACUGAGGCUAGAGGUCAUCUUGCUGCUGUCAGCUGCGUCAUUUAUGAUGAAGAAAUUUUAUGAGAAUCAAUACGUAACAACGGACGAACGAAAGAAUCCUAGUGAGAAGAGAUCGAUAGAUUAGCAGUAUCAACAAGCAUCUGCUGAUAUUGCUAAAUAUUGGACAAAAUAUGGAAUACAACUUUUAUGUUCAUCACAAGAAAGAAUUUUGCAUGGUACAGCGAAGGAACUUUGCGAGGUGUGUAAUUCAACAUCGUUAUUUCCAGCAAAAUUCAAGGAAUCCAAGGAAUCCAAGGAAUCUAAUAAAUUGUUAAUAUUUGAUAACGUAAGGGAAAAUCUGAAAAAAUUCACUGCCACGAUCACAGAUAGCUACUUAUUGAGUUAUACUGACGCUAAUAUACUUUUCGAGACUGUUAUGAAGUAUCUUGAUGAGGAAAUAACAUACUAUACUUUUGAGAAAUCUCCAAUAACGUAUUUGUCGAUUAUAUUAAAUUUUUCGCGUGCUAUGUAAGCGGAACUAAUAAAUUGGAAUUGUAUAAACAACGUUUAUACAAUUCCAUCUGUAAACAACGUUUACAGAUUUUAUUAACUACUUUAGAAAAUACAUCCUAAUGGUGAUUUUAAUAUCUGGCCGGUGGUUAUUGAAACACUCAUUUGUACUAAUGAUGUGUUCGAUGUAAUGUACGAAUCUUCACGAUUGCAAUUUGAUCCACCGAAGGAAUCGGGACAGUCGACUGAUGAACCAGCCGAUGAAUCAAACAGUGAAAUGCCAACUAUACUGUCCGAAGUGUUAAAGAGUAUCAUAAUAUUAAGGAGUAAUUUAUAUGCUUCCAAAUAGACACCUUACCGACACAUGUGAACGUCUCGGAUAACAUAAACUACGAUAUACGACGUUAUUAUUAUACAACAAGAUAUAUCGGUUAUCGUUGAUUCCAGUUAUUAUUGCACCUCUCUGUGUUUGAUCCUUCAACAAUAUUUAAUUUCUAUCGAUAUUUGAUCUGAGAGAAAAAAAGAUAUCCGUCUCUGUAUAAGUGAUCUCGGCGAGGCAAGAGGAAUGCUUGUUUCAGCCGGAAUAAGUGAUCAAGAUACUUUGAUACACAUGCGAGUACAUAUUUGUAUGUUUACAUAUGCGCUUGCUUUAUAGCUAAACAAGAUCUGAAGGUGUACACUGAUCCUAUAUUCACUAACGGCCAAGUGGUAUUACUUGACGCCAGUUCUCUUGAACGUGAUCAAUAAGACGCUCGUGCUCGCACGAGGAGUCCUCGUUGAUGUCAUCGAUCGAUCAACGCUUCUCUUUCUAAACAUGUCCACUAACGAAAGCACGAAUGAGCGAGGAUGUGAAUCUAUCGAAUCUGCAUCCAUUCCGGCAGCGGUAUUGCCGGUUGAUAUUGCCGAAGAUACCGAGAAUACCGAUACCGAGGACGAGCGCGCUGGACGAUAAACGUUAGUGAAGAAUAUGUUGAAAUUUAUAAAUCGUUGCGCACGGUUAUGGCGGACGUAAAAGAGGCUUGCUUUUCCAAGAAACAGAAUAAAAUGAUCAAAGGGAUAAAAUCGAAGAUGGACAAAUUUUACCGUGACAUAAUCACAUCGGAAGAGUUAAACGUCGAUAAUAUUGUACUUCUCGCAUAUGCCUACUUACUGCUGCACCGUAUAUAUGCUGACAGCGAAGAUGACACAAAAUUAGAUACUGCUCGAUUCCACAUUAGCAGAUGUACGGAGCUUUUUAAAGGAAAGGAGACAGAUCGUAAAGCUAUUUUGUUAGCUGUUUAGGUUGUUUUUACAGCAAGCUGCAUAAGCGUGAAGCGUCUCUGGUAGCUUUUGAGAAAGUACUACAGCUAUAUCUGACAUAUGUCACGGAUAAAGAUGAGUAUCUGGCUCCUAUUGAUAUUGUAUCCUCUGUCACCCUUGACUCGUCAGAUCCUGAAUUUAUGCUAGAGGUGCUCUGUACAAAAGUUUUCCGAGACUUAUUAGCGGAGCGUAAAAGUGAAAAGACAGAUAGAGUAUCUAACUGGAUAAUCAUCGAUAAAAUAGCCGUGUGUAAACAUAAGUUACUGAGGAGGUUGUUGAAUAGGACAUUGUCAGAUACAGACGAUACUGGGUGGACUACGCAUUUGAUAUCUUUAGCCCAAAUUUUCAUAAGUUACGAACGUUUUCCCGAAGCUAAGAAACAUCUUGCUGCGGCUUCCUUUAUAAUGGACAAGCACUGUCAGAAAAUAUAUGUGAAAAUGGACGAACGAGAAAACUCGAUCGAAGAGAUUUUGUCAGAUAAGAUUUUGUCAGAUAUGUAUCGAGAAACUACGAGUGUUAUUGAUUGGACUUGGGCGAGAUACGGCCUCAAGCUGUUGCAGUCAUCGCGGGAACGAUUAUUGCACGCUGUAGAAAAUGAACCUCGCGCGACAUGCAAGUCCCAACUAUUAUCUGCGCAAGAGUCCGAAAAGCAGUCUGAUCAGUCGUUAGUAUUCACUGACACGAUACAAGAUCUCGAAGGAUUCACUGCUGAGAUCACGGAUAAGCACCUUUCGAGUUAUGAUGAUACCAAAGCAGUUUUUACGGCUGUUUUGGCGCGUAUUCGUACAGCACAAGAGUACAUUACACUAACUAAACCCCUAAUAAUCUAUACCAGUGAAGAUCCUUGUAUGUCAAUGUAUGUGACGAUGAUGCGAGGCAAUGCCAACGCGUACAAAUAUCUUGCAGGCUAUGAACAUGAUAGAACUAAGCGAGAGAAAUUGCAUAAAUUGCAACUACAGAGUUUACAACAUAUUUUAGAUAAAUUGAGCACACAUUCCUCGAUAGAUCUCAUAAAGCCGAUUUGGAUGGAAGUAGCAAUUACUCACUCCAAUAUAUUGGAUAUAGUCACUGAAAGAUAUCGGUAUGGUAAUGAUUUCUUGUGUAAAGAAAUGUUCGAUGAAAUAAACAAAUUGGUAAAUAAUAUCAUAAGUAAUUGGCGAUCAUAUAUGCAUGGUUCUUCAUAAAUCAACAGAUAUUAUAUCAGCAGAUUGUAAUAGAUUGUAUGUUACUACGGCUGAGCGAUCUUGACAACAAAUUAUGUUCUUUCCCGGUAAACAUAAUAGUAUCAUCGAUGUUGCAAUGUCAGCUAAAUCAUAUGGUAUGUUACGUGACUGUUACUUUGUUAUAUAACAAAGCAACUUGUUGCGUAACCAUACCAUAUAAUUUAGCUGACAUUGCAAUAUCGAUGAUACUUUGUGUUACACAUGGCGCAAACACGCGUACAAAAUACCUGCCAUUUAUGCUGAAACAAGAAAAUACCUAGUCUUCAAUUAUCAUGUUCAUUCGUGAUGAGAGUUACUCCUAAGAAAGGGUGAAAUUCGCAUACAAAA